GCGGAGGCGGGGCGGCGGCGGCAGGCGGCGGCGGUGGCACAGGCACAGCCGGGGCUUGGCCCCGCAGUUCCAUGGGCAGAGCCAUGGGGCUCGCAGGGCUGCUGCUGGGGUUGCUCCUCGUGCCCGCCGUGCUGCUGAGCACCAGCCUCGGCCGCGGCGACCCGCCGCCAGAGCCCGAGCUGGAGGUGGAGCUGGCCGAGGGGCCGCCGGCUGCGGGCGGCGUCGCCGCCGAGGACUCGCUGUGGCCGCUGCCGCAGUCGCUCCGCACGUCCCGCCGGCAGCUGCAGCUCGCCCCCGACCGCUUCCAGGUGGUGCACGGGGCCGGCUCCUCGGCGGGGCCGGGCUGCGGCCUCCUGCAGGAUGCCUUCCGCAGGUACUACGAGUACAUGUUCGGGCACUCCCGCUGGCGGAGCCCCGGCCGGCGGUGGCCGUCCGUCCGUCGGGAGCUGUUGCAGCUGCAGGUGGUGAUCGCGGCCCCGGAGCCCGGCUGUGACAGCUACCCGCGGCUGGCGUCCAGCGAGGCCUAUCAUUUGACUAUAACUGAGCCUGUGGCUAUACUGAAAGCAGAUGAAGUAUGGGGUGCUUUAAGAGGUUUGGAAACCUUCAGUCAGCUGGUUCAUGAAGAUGAUUAUGGAAGUUUUCUUGUCAAUGAAUCUGUUAUCUACGACUUCCCAAGAUUUGCUCAUAGAGGAAUCUUACUUGACACAUCAAGGCACUAUUUGCCAUUGAAAUCCAUUCUCACAAACCUGGAUGCCAUGGCUUUUAACAAGUUCAACGUCCUCCACUGGCAUAUAGUAGAUGAUCAGUCAUUUCCUUACCAGAGUAUUUUUUUUCCUGAGCUAAGUAACAAGGGAGCUUACUCCUAUAACCACAUCUAUACUCCUACUGACGUCCGUCUGGUGAUUGAGUACGCCCGGUUAAGAGGCAUUAGAGUUAUCCCAGAAUUUGAUACCCCAGGACACACGCAGUCUUGGGGAAAAGGUCAAAAAGAUCUUCUCACCCCUUGUUACAAUGGAGAACAGCCAAGUGGGUCCUUUGGACCUGUAAAUCCCAUUUUGAAUUCAACUUAUGACUUCAUGACUAAAUUCUUCAAAGAAAUCAGCAGUGUAUUUCCUGAUGCCUACAUUCAUCUAGGAGGAGAUGAAGUGAGCUUCGAUUGUUGGAAAUCUAACCCUGAUGUGAAAGAGUUCAUGAAGGAGCAAGGUUUUGGCAUUGACUAUGCCAAACUGGAAUCGUACUACAUUCAGAAGAUUUUGGAUAUUGUUUCCUCUUAUAACAAAGGAUACAUGGUCUGGCAAGAAGUGUUUGAUAACAAAGCACAGCUGAAGCCAGAUACUGUAGUUGAAGUGUGGAUGGCAAAUAACUAUGCUCAUGAACUUAGCAGUGUCACUAAGGCAGGGUUCACUGCUAUCCUGGCAGCUCCCUGGUAUUUGGAUUACAUUAGUUAUGGGCAAGACUGGAAGAAAUACUACAGCGUUGAACCACUCAACUUCCCUGGAUCUGAAAAACAGAAAAAGCUCUUAUUAGGUGGAGAAGCUUGCUUGUGGGGAGAAUUUGUGGAUGCAACUAACCUCACACCAAGACUGUGGCCUCGGGCAAGUGCUGUAGGGGAAAGACUCUGGAGCAGCAGCAACGUGACUGACUUGCAGGAUGCCUAUAAAAGACUGUCUAAUCAUCGAUGCCGCAUGCUCAGACGGGGCAUAGCAGCUGAACCUCUCUUUGUUGGCUACUGUGCCCAUGAAGCAAGAGGGUGGUAACUGCUUCAGAGACUUCUGCUCAACAACCUGAAGUGCCUCUGGAGUGUGAACAUGCGUACACAUGGUUUGAUUGUUGAACAAACACUUAAAAUUUUCACUUUUAAGUAAAGUUAUUUGGCAUUCUUGUUGGAGUAAAAACAA